AUGAGCGCUCCGAUACUCCCCGUUUAUCCGCAAUGGGUUGCGCAGACCCUUACACCCUACUUGCGCUACGCCUUCAAGCACUUGUUGCGUGACGAUCUCGACAUAGAGCCGUACGUCCAGCGAGCGUUCGAGACCUCUAGCUUCCAGCCCAAAUCCUCUAUCGAUGGCGACGAUCUCUUUUUUGAGCGCGUGUUCUUCGCGAUCGAACGUAGACACCAAGGCCUCCCAGCCGAGCUUAAUGGACUCACAGAUAACCUGCAGCCUCUGGCGAGGUUUCUCAUCCGGCGGGCGCAGCUAAAGGGACCCUACGAGCUGCUGCAUCGCAAUGCGCAGCCUAGUGAAUCAUGGAAGAAGUACGAGAGUGUACGGCUCACGCAGAUUGCGGCCGAAAACGCGAGAGUGCCAAACUAUACCCCUUCAUCUGUGGAUAAUCCACCAGGAACUUCAACUUUCGCGAUGACGGCAAGACCACCCACGAACCACGAUAUCGACCCUCGUUUGCUCUACGCAAACCCGGGCGACUUCACUGAGCCUGGGCUCUCAGGAACCUUGACUAUUCCUGAGUUGCAGCACUAUCAACGUCGAAACCAAGAGAUCGAGGAUUUCUGGGCAAGAAGACAGGGUCAGCUUCCCAAUCAGCAGCAAGGAUUUGGACUACAACACCCAUCACCCGGCUUCCAGGGUUCUCUACAAGGUCGUCAACACGAAAUGACAUCGUUUCAUGAUACUGUGAACGGCCCAGGAUUGCCCUACGCACCGCGCCCGGCUCUUCAGCAGUAUUUUACUCCAUAUCACGUACAGCAGGUCGGGCAGCAGCGGAGUGUAGUGCCAUCCCAGCUUCCAACGCCGGCACCGACUCCUACGGCGCAGAUGUAUACACCGGCUCAGUCCAUCCAGCAGUACUCCCCGCAAUUGGGUUCUUACCAGCCUGCUGGCUAUUCAUCUUUAGCACAGGCGCAAUGCCUCCAGUCAGGCCAGGCACCCGCGGCGCCAGAGCUGAAAAUCAAGCAACACAGCUUCCCUAUUGCGCCUCGAUCGCAGCCCGCGCAGUCAGGGAAUACUUCCAACCGUCGUCUCAAUACUCAGUCUAGCCUCCCGACUCUCACUAGACCUUCUGGUAUCUCCAAGUCCGUUCCCAAAGCCUCCGCAACUACUACCACACCGGACUGGACCGACACAGCUCAGCUCGCAGCCAGCAUGCCGGCUUUCAAAAGUCUACCAAAAGCCGAGAAGGUAGCCAAGAUUCUGGAGAUCAACAGAGCUAUAAAGGCCAAGAACCCUACUACGCUCACGGCGAUGGAUCAGUUCCUCCUUGACCAUGGUGUCGCUAAAGAAGACGUCACUGCAGUGGGAGUAGUAGGGCCCGAUGGUAACAUAGUGAAGCUACCAGGUCAACAAGCGAUAACCGUUCCGGCGCCUGGCUAUCCGACUCAUCCGGGUGUGCAUGCGACUCCAUCGGGUAUGCCAGCCUUCGCGCAUCAUCCAGGCUAUUCGAACAUUACGAGUUCGUUCCCUCAACCGUCCUAUAACCCACCAACAAAAUCUGCACCGGCCAGCAAGCGAGGGAGGAAGAAGAAGGAGAAGAAGUGA